AAUUGAUGGAAUCGUAACGCUAUCACGAACAGUCUUGCACUUGACGCGUCGCGAAACGGUCCGCCUCACCCACUUUAAUUAGUACCGAAAGCAUCCAGGUUUCGAUUUUUGUUAAAGUUUUGUGUUGUCCUAAUCCAGAAAGUACCAUGAGUCUCGAACCAUUCGAUAUUGACACGUCUCCGCCGACGCCGGAGUUGCUCGAAGUUGCCCGCCGAGAGUUGCGUGAAACUCCGGAGACGCGAGCUGCGGCCAUCGAAGAUCUUCGGCGACUGCUGCACAACGCCACGGAUCUGCACUAUCGCGAUGACGACGAUUUUCUGCUGAUCUUCCUCAGACCGUGUCACUUCUAUCCGGAAAGUGCGUUGAAAAUGAUGCGACGCAUUGCCGAUUUUAAAAAGUCCAACCACCCCCUGAUGCACAACCUGUUCCCGAUAGAUGAGAAAAUUUCCUUUACUGACCACGGAAUCGUCAAUGUGCUGACCAACAAGGACCACAAAGGGCGCCGAGUGCUGCUCAUGAACUGCGGCAAAGCAUGGGACCCGAAGCAAGUCAACGCCGAGAAAAUGUUCCGGCUGUUCUUCCUGGUCCACCUGGUUGCCCAGCUGGAACCGUCCACCCAGAUCAACGGAGUCGUCAUCAUCAUGGACUUUGACGGGCUCUCGCUGAAACAGGUUCGCGCUCUCUCGCCGUCCUUCUCGAAGCUCCUGCUCACGUUCAUCCAGGAGGCCGUUCCGCUCCGCAUGAAGGAAGUGCACAUCAUCAAGCAGCCGUACGUGUUCAACAUGGUCUGGACACUGUUCAAGCCGUUCAUCGGCGAGAAGCUGCGCAAUCGGCUCGAAUUCCAUGGCAGCGACAUGAAGAAGCUGCACAAGUACAUCAGUCCGGACUAUCUGCCCAAGAACUACGGAGGAAAUUUGCCAGCACUGAACUAUGGCUCCCGGGAUUGGUAUCCGUGCAUUGAAAAAUACCUGGAUCACAUUGCCAAGUGGAAUACCUACGGCUACGCGAACACACCCUAAGACAUCAUGACGAGCAUCAAUGAUUCCACUAUAUUUCGUCCAAGGCCUUUGCUGGAAGCGAAAAUACUUCUUUAGGUGAUAUUAGUUCAAUUGGAUAGGGAAUUUGUUCGUUCAGAUAAAAGAGGUGGCAUCAAGAAAGGUAGUAGCAUGAAUCAAAGUGAAAUUUUUGUUAUCUACUUAGAAUAUUAAGCCUGCUUUUUUGGAACAAAUUGGUUUUCCUAGAUAAGAUAUUAUUUAUUUGAUAAGUUUGUUAAUAAAACAGGAAACUGAAA